AUGGUCGCCGACGCAGUCGUCUAUCACCCGGCGGUGUCGCACUACCUCAAGUUCGUGGCGACGACGGUGGGGCGCGACAAGCUGCUGCGCACGAUCCAGUACUUUGCGCGCUUCUACGCGUGGUACCUGCUGCGGACGAACCGGCCGGCGGCGGCGGUGCAGCCGUGGGAGGCGGUCAAGAAGCAGUUCGGGCUGGUGCGCAAGGUGCUGCGCGCGGGCAAGAACGUCGAGCACUUCAAGGCGGCCGCCGUAGCCGCCGACGCCCGCAACAUGGAUCCCGUGCUGCGCUACGCCGCCGUCGGCCGCCAGCUCGGCUACGCCGGCUACCUCACCUUCGACCUCGCCACCCUGCUCGACACGCUUGGCGUCCGCAAGUCGCCCGCUACCAAGCGCUUCCAGCGCGAGGCCUUUCGCUUCUGGGCCAUGGGCCUCGCCUGCAGCGUCGUCGCCCAGACCUACACGCUGUACCGGCUGCGCCAGCGCGAGGCGCGCGUCGACCGCAAGGAGGGCGAGGGUGUGGUUGAGAGCAAGCGCAUUGUCCUGGAGCGCGCUGCGAGCCGGCUCCAGCUGACAUCCGACCUCUGCGACCUGGCGGUUCCGCUCUCGGCCCUGAACUGGAUCUCUACUUACGGUGCACCACAACGCCCCCUACACGUCUCCGCAACCACCAAUUGGCUCACCACAACACGUCCUAGUUCUGCCCUUCCCCCUCGGCCAGCAAUUAUGGCUGCGCCAGCUGAGUUGGGAGAGCUGGGGCUCUCCAUCGUCGGCCUGGGCAGCGAGUACCCGCCCUACUCGCUCAAGCCCGACGCCCUGGAGACGUUGGCCCGGAAGUACUACCCAGAGUCGCCGGCCAUGCAAAAGGUGCUCGCCAUCAACCGCUACACGGGCAUCGACUACCGGUCCUCGAUCGGCACGGCCGACCACCCGCUGGUCAACCAGGACCAUGCACCAAGCAUUACCGAACUCCACAAGAUAUUCAUGUCUGACGGAGUCCCAUUAGCCAUCGGCGCGGCGCGUAAAGCGCUAGCCGAGGCUCGCAUCGAGCCCGCCCAAGUCACGCAUGUGGUAUCUACAACGUGCACCAACUCGGCUAACCCGGGCUACGACCACUUUGUAGCCAAGGCGCUAGGGUUGGGUCCGGGGGUCGAAAAGGUGCUGCUACACGGGUGCGGGUGCAGUGGAGGGCUAGCGGCGCUGAGGACGGCGGCGAACCUAUGCCUAGGCCACGCCAUGCGCGGCAAGCCGGCGCGGAUCCUAGUGGUGGCUCUCGAGGUCAGCACCUCUAUGGUUCGCAGCGAACUCGACAGCAUCAACGCGACGCAAGAGACGCGCAUCGGCGUGGCCCUGUUCAGCGACUGCGGCAGCGCUGUGGUGCUGAGCAACGGCAUCGCCGACCACAGCAACAGCACCGGCAUUCCACCCCCCAUAUAUGAGCUACUAGGCUGGGAACACCGUGUCAUCCCGGACACGGAGGAGGAUCUCGGCUUCGACGUAGACCCGAUCGGCUGGAAGGUGGUGCUUUCUCCCCGGGUCCCCAAGCUUACGCAGGCUGUGCUCGCGCCAACGUACGCGGCCAUGAUGAACUCCCUUCCGCCGUUGCCGAAAGCGUACCAGAUUCCGGCCGACUUUGACUGGGCCAUGCAUCCCGGCGGGGCCACCAUACUCACGGGCGCCGAGAAGGCCAUGAACAUCUCGCCCGAGCACAUGCGCGCCAGCUACGACACGUACAUCCGCCACGGCAACAGCAGCUCGGCCACCAUCUUCAGCGUGCUGGACCGCCUGCGGUCCAAGGAAAUGGACGAGCUAGCACCCGGGGGGCGGGUCCGCGACUUUGUCAUCGGCUGCGCCUUUGGUCCCGGCAUCACGGUUGAGAUGUGCAUGCUCAAGCGGAACAUGGCGACCGGGGAUAGCAUCAUCCUGUCAGGGCUGCAGACGCCGCCCGAAACAGAGAGCGAGGCAGGCAGCGGCCCGAGCGAAGACGGCAUCGACGAGGACGAGGACGAGCCAAGACCACACGGCCAGGGCCAAGACGGCACCAACGCGGCGAGGACGGCGGAAGACGCGUUUAUAAACGAGGCGAUGGAGCACGUCGAGCUGGACUGA